AUGGAAGUGGAGAGGAAACCCAGAGCCAUCUACAGAGACAGCCUGCAGGGGGCAACAGGGGGCAACAGGGGGCAAGUUCUAUAUAUUGGAACAUCCAACUUCUCAAGUGCCUCCAAGUCCCAGUGUGUAUAUGGCUCCCUGCAAAUGAGUGGGAACCAACACGAUGAAAUCACAUUCUUAGCCUCGGUCCGGCAGGAUCUGGGCGACUCCGGUAGUAUCUUAUCAUUCUCAUCAGAUUUGUACAGAUUUCUUGAGAUAGAAAGCAGUGGACGCAGGGAUGAGGUUCGGUUCCACUAUAACCACGACCAAGAGGCCCAUGUAGAAACAUUCCCUUACCGACUGGCGGACGGCCGGUGGCACCGGGUGGCGCUGAGUCUGAGCGGCACUCACGUGACCCUCUCCGUCAACUGCAGUCGCAUUUAUCAACGGGUGAUAAAAUCAGUGGAUAGGACUUACUCUGCAGGGAAACUUUCAUUAUUCAUCGGUCAGAGGAAUACCCAGCACGCGCUUUUUAGGGGAGCUCUUCAAGAUGUGAAAAUUGUUACACAGUCUCACGGCUAUUUGUUACAGUGUCCAAAUCAAAAUACAGACUGUCCAACCUGCGCUCAGUACCAAGCUUUAGAGAUGCAAGUUCAGAAAAUGUUUAAACUCUAUCAAAAUUUAUCAGAGAAGCUUCUGCGGGCGGAGGAGAAAAUAUCGCAGUUGGAGCAGUGUCAGUGUCUGCAGAGCUGUUCCGACAACGGGACGGUGCGCACUGAAGGCGAGGUGUGGGAGAGGGAUAAAUGUUCUGUCUGCAGGUGUCGGAAUGGUACGAUUGAGUGUCGAAAUGUGGAGUGCCCUCCUGCCGAGUGCAAGAACCCUGUGUACCGUGACGGGGAGUGCUGUCCCCUCUGUUUGACGAACUGUUUCUACAGUGGGAAAUACUAUGACCACGGGGAGGUGCUGAGUCCUCGGGUCUGUGUUACCUGUACCUGUGAUAAUGGCGGAAUGGUUUGUCAUCAGAAAGAUCCCAAAAAUACCUGUCCCCUCAACUGUCCGCCCAGCGAGCGCCUCCAGAUCCAAGGACAGUGCUGCCCGGUCUGUAACGGCACUGACUUCUGCUCGCAAGGCCACGACUGUCACCGCAAUGCCACGUGUGUCAACCUGGCCACCCAGUACGCAUGUCAGUGCAACCCGGGUUUCCAUGGAGACGGAAAAUCGUGCGAAGAUAUCGACGAGUGCACUACAGAGGGGGGACGGUACGGGCACCACUGCCACAAGAACACGGUGUGUGUCAACACCAUCGGCUCCUACCAGUGCAAGUGCCACGACGGCCACAACCGUCUCGACGCGUACACCUGUGCAGGUACGCGUCUCCUCUCUGCGGGGCCCGUCCCGUGGGCUUUUUCCAUUCUCUUCCCAUCGCUACUUUUUGGCUUUGUCCUUGCUCAGUGCCUUAUCUCCGCUUCUUCACCUGUCAGCUAAGACCACAGAGGACGAGACAUAUUUUUUACUUGAAAGCUUAAAUGUGGAGAGAAAGACACCCCCCUACCACACACACACACUCACACACAAAAUUUUUUUUUUUUUACUGAACAACAUGACAAUUGUGUGAGGAGUGGAGGGGGUGGGUUGGUCGCAGUGAUUUUUCAGUGGGUGCGGUGACAGUGCGCUUUAAUAAUCGCAUUUUAAAGCGAAACAUUUUUUUUUUCAAUAUAAUAAGAAUGGAGAGAGAUGUGAGAGUGACCGUAAGAAAGAAUUUCAAAGAGGUGAGAAGUGUAGGUACGAUGUUUUCGUGGUGCUGAGCUCAAAAGCUGUCCACCUCUCCUUCCCUCGAGAACGUGCCGUUGAUUCUCAGAACUGAAACGUGGGCCACUCUACACGUGCGCCUUGUCUCACACCCAUGUCCGUAUGUUUGAGAGAAAGAUGGAGAGAAAGAGAGAAGCGGGGAGAAAUAUUUUGUAAAGGAGUUGAAAAUAUUUCACAAGAAAGGAUGGACGUGUUGUGGCUAUAGUUCCAUCACUCCCCUCCUUCCCGCAGGUUUAUUUAUUUAUUUGUAAAAGCGUUUGACUUUUACAAGGCUGAGAUGCUGGAGCCAUGUUUACUGGCGAUAAUAGGCAAGAGGAAAAGUUUGAUAGAGGGUGUGUGUUGCACAACGGGGUACAUGAGGGUGGCUAGAAAAUGUCUGGCACUCCGGUGAGAAAGAGUUGUCUCUCACUGUGUGAAGACUUAGGAGCAUCCAGCCUCCCUGACGGUCCACGUGGUUCGAACAGCCAGUCUCAUGGCUGUGUAUAUAGUAUGAUCUAUUUUGUUUUCAAUAAUAACUUCUCUUGUCUGCCAGCAAGACCCACAAAUAUACUUUCUGUGUCAGCUUCGUGACAAACUAUUUCUGUGCCAUCUGCUGCUCAAAUAUUUAAAUAAUGUCCUCAUACCCUGCGGCGCCAGAACUGCUCUGUCUCGCGCCGACUUCGCGAGAGAAUUUCAGGUGAGGUGGUCAAGGGAGGGGUGGGUGAGGUGAGCU